AUGGACGCUCUGCCCAUCGUCUACCACAUUGAGACCGCCCAACAAUUUUGGUCUGAACUUGACGAUAUCCUUCGACUUCUACCCAAUGCAACCCUUUCCGCCCUCGAUUCCGCGCUAAAGCGCUUCAUUAACUUGUGUUCGGCAUACCACGAACAGUACUUGCAAAGCCCGUUGCAACUCGAGCACGCUAUAGGCCUGCUGCUCGACUCGGAACUCUUCGAAUUUCAUUCAGAACGCAUGUGCGAAAUCAUCACGGACGAGGCCAGGACAACAACAGAUCCUCACCUACAGCUCAUCUUGUACAACGUACUACUGCUCUAUGGACGACGCACGACCACCUUCUUCCGCCAUUAUAAGCGAUGGGCACCCAUCUUCCCAAUGCUUAUGGACCAUGUUCUCGACCUAUCCCUCGCCCUUACCCUCAGUGACGCGGAUGGCGCAGGGCCGGACCCCGCCACAUCAUCUGACCACGGCUGGCUCGCAGUACCAAUCGAGGAGAAACUACGAUCCCUCAGCAUACAGCUGUUGUACGAGGCUUGCAGAACGUGCAAACUCUCAAUGCAGGAGUUACGGGUCUUCGACAAUGCUUUCAUCGAGCGAUUAUUCGAUCUCGUGGAGCAAACGCGCGCUGCUCAGGACGAGAGCUUCAACUAUAGCGUCAUCAAACUUAUUGUGGCGUUGAAUGAACAGUUCAUGCUGGCGGCGUUGCGGGGACAGGGUGCUGAGAGCGAAAAGGCGCGCUCUGAAGCGAUGCCUAAGGGCGAUGGAGAGAACCGCGUUUUCAACGUACUCAAGAGGCGGCUGCACAUAAGCCAAACCUUCGCCGAGAACCUGAUCUUUAUGCUCAAUCGCGCCGGGCGAAGUCCAGAAGAUCUUGUAAUGCAACUACUCGUGCUCAAGCUCUUGUAUCUGCUCUUCCAGACGGAGACAACCUGCGAGUACUUCUAUACGAAUGAUCUUCGAGUCUUGGUCGAUGUCUUUCUACGCGAAUUGUCGGAUCUCGAUGAUGAAUCAGAAUCAUUACGACACACGUAUCUGCGCGUAUUGCAUCCCCUCCUUACUCGAACUCAGCUUCGAGAUGUCCCAUAUAAACGUCCUCAAUUGGUCCGUAUGCUGGAGGGUCUGGUCGACAAACCUGAGAUUCGCGAGGUCUCUGCCACAACGGCGCGCCUUGUUUCGCGAUGCUUGUCUGGCGCGUGGUGUGUUCAACUACGACGACCACAAAACGUGGCUGCGUCCAACUCGGACAGCUUGUUGAACGCUCCCGGAGACGCAACACCCAGGGCUGGGACACCAGGUGGCGUUGCCGAAGAGCAUCUCAGCCCCAUGACCCCCGCUCCUCGACCGGCCACUACCCUAGAUCGCAAGAGGAGUUUGAAGGGCAGUCGCUCCGCGGAGAACUUGCGUGCGACUUCGGGUCCCGCGGCUGUGAUGUCCACGGCAGGCGCCUCCAGCUCCCACAAUGAUUUAUCAAGUCUUCCCGUGAGCCCUGUGGCAGAUAAGCGACCAUACCGAGGGAAUUCGUCGGCCAGCAGAGCUGAUCCAAGCUCUCACCGGCCACAUCGAAGCGACGACAUGGUGCAACCCGCUCGCGCCAACUCGCUUGGUACUGGUGUCGACGGUCUCAUUAGUCCCCACAGUUACGUAUCCGGUGGACCUCUCCCCAGCAUCGUUGAGCCGCGCUCGCUCACUCAUUCGCCCUCCCCAUUAUCACAAUACGCCGACCCUCCACUAUCGCCUCCGUUAUCACCGCCAUUGCGACCCACCGGGUACCAACGCACAUCCGUCUCGUCUGCAAGCCCAUCACUGCCACCUCUUUCACCUACCGCAUCCGCACACAGUGUAGACUCACGCCGAAGCUCAGUCAGCUCGACCGCGUCUGGGACGGGCAAAGUACGACGCACUGCGCCGCCUCCACCCGUAAAACGGCGAACUCCACCGCCACCCGGUACGCGCUCCCCCUUGACACGCGACGUCGACGCGGCGCCCAUACGAGAUCGAAACCAGGACGGGGAGGCGGUACGGGGCCCGGGCAUGCGUCGCAAGCCUCCUGCUGUGCCGGCGCACGGGCACGGUCAUGUCGGCCACUCGAGUUCAGGAGUGCGGAUUGAGACCAUCCGCGCUAGCGCUAGCUCGACGUCUGGCAGAGGGUAG